AUGUUCUGUGGCCCCCUGGCACCCCACAGCAGGGCCUUUGGCACCUCAGCAGGCUGCGGGAGCACCUUCAAUGUGCAAGAUGGCAGUGACUUUCAGGACCGAGUGGUGAACAACCCCAAACCGGUUGUGGUGGACUUCCACGCACAGUGGUGCGGCCCCUGCAAGAUCCUAGGCCCCAGGUUAGAGAAGGUGGUGGCCAAGCAGGAGGGGAAGGUGCUGAUGGCCAAAGUGGACAUUGACGAUCACACAGACCUUGCAAUUGAGUACGAGGUGUCAGCAGUGCCGACUGUGCUGGCUAUGAAGAACGGAGACGUGGUGGAUAAGUUUGUGGGGAUAAAGGAUGAGGAUCAGCUGGAGGCAUUCCUCAAGAAACUCAUCGGAGCCUGAAGUAAAAGGGUGGCUGUACCUCUGCCUCUGGACACAUCCAUGUUGUGCAUUCCUUGCCAGGGAGAGCUGAGGGGCACAUGAACUGCCUGCCUUGUACCACCUGGGGUUUUCUUCUGGUUUGGGGUUUUUUGGAGAUGCACCAUGUUGUAACCCUUCCCUCCCACUCCCCCUUCUCUUGCACAGCAGUAGUUGUAAAAGGUGCUGAGGAGCGGGGCUGCUUGUUCUCAAAAUGGGGAAUGUGGCUGGAAUUAGGAGCCUGUGUUUAUCAGCAAAGAGCUGACACGCGGAGCUGCUGCUGAGUUAAGAGGAGGAAUGUUUUUCUCUUUGCCUAGCAUUUAAUAGCCCAGAGCAGAGGGCAGCUGCUCCCUGCAAAAUGUGGGUACAUACCUGUCCUGGGUGGGUUUGUUUAAAGCUGAGAACGCCUCUGCUUUGUCUGUGAAACCUGUCUCUCUGUCCCUGUGUCCUCAUGUGGCUGGGACAGGUACAACUCCUCCACAAACCCACUGGCUCCCAUCAUAAUUUUAUAAGAUAAAAUAGAAGUAUUUUAUGGAUCUUCUUUUGUAGGUCUAUAAUUAAGAGAACUUUAUUGGUCACUGCUGUCUAGCUGGAGAAUAAAACUUGAUU